GUGCACAUGCGCAGUUUGAGUCUCGUCCCCGGAAGUGGGGAUGUUGUGGUUGUGGACAUGCGGGGCUUCAUCGACUGUCACUGUCACAUCUCUGCGGGGGAGUUUGACGAGGACUUAGAGGACGUGGUUGAGAACUCCAAGAAGGCCGGACUGUUGGCGCUGUUAGCAGUUGCAGAGCAUGCUGGGGAAUUUGAAAAGAUCAUAUCCUUGUCACAGAGGUUUCCAGGUUUUAUUUUUCCCUGCUUAGGAGUUCACCCCGUUCAAGGAGUUUCCCCGGAGCAGCAGAGAGGAGCUUCUCUCCAGGAUCUAGAUGCAGCUUUGCCCAUCAUAGAGAAAUACAAAGACCACCUUGUGGCUAUCGGAGAGGUUGGUUUGGAUUUCACACCCAGAUAUGUCAAAAGUGAGACUGAUAAAGACGAUCAAAGGCAGGUCCUCAUCCGUCAAGCGCAGAUAGCCAAGGAGCUGGACCUCCCCCUAAAUGUUCACUCACGGUCUGCAGGAAGACCCACCAUCCAUCUCCUCAAAGAACAAGGUGUCGAAAAAGCCCUGCUCCAUGCUUUCGAUGGGAGACCGUCUGUUGCCAUGGAGGGAGUGAAGGCUGGGUAUUUCUUUUCUAUCCCACCAUCCAUUAUUCGGAGUGAACAGAAGCAGAAACUUGUGAAACAGUUGCCGUUAGAGAACAUCUGUCUGGAAACUGAUUCACCUGCUCUGGGUCCUGAAAAGCAGGUGAGAAAUGAGCCAAAAAACAUUUCUAUUUGUGCCGAGUACAUCAGUAGAAUUAAAGGUGUGUCGCUGGAGAGGGUAAUGGAGGUAACGACGCAGAACGCUCUCCAGCUCUUCCCCAAGCUAAAGUCGGUCAUCAGACCCUGACGCAGCCUCAGCGGUUUAUUUCACCAGUCUAGAAUAUCUUCAGUUAUAAACCCACAGCUUUCUGCCAUCGUCACCAUCUAUUUAAGUGACAUAACGAGGAUGUCUGACUGAACCUAGGAGCCCUGAAGUGUAAACAACUAAAAAAAAAACAGCCAUUCAUUCCUGAAAUUCUUGAAUAAAUAAAGAUGCGACAACUAUUUUAACACAUGAGUUGUGUAUUUUUCAUGUGUGUGAUACA